CAGCCACUGCAAACUCUCAGUGGAAUAUGUAUUAAGAAAAGGCUCUGGAAGGUUUUAUUUAUGGAGUGGCUCUGAGAUUGCCCCUUCCAUUUAUAGGAAGGCUGCAGUAAAGAUCAAGAUGUGCCUUCCCAGCUCACACACAAGCCUGGGACCUGCCGACUGCAGCCUCUAAACCCCCGACCACCACUCACUCAGGUAUUUAUUCCCAAGUGAGUUGAUCACCUUUAUUGUGCACGUCUAGGGGUUAAAAUGCUGAUGGCUGUCACUUUUACAAAUGUUAAUCAACCAGGAUUGACCCAGCAGUAUCCACCCCCUCUGCUGCCCAAGCCAAGCAAGGAUAAUGCCAGGCUUCAGAAACUACUAAAGAAAACAGCUAAGAAAAAGGCACCUCCCCCAACGUCACAGACCCCCAUCCCCUUCCGCUCCAGUCUCUCGCCAGUGAGUGAAGCCAGUCCGGACCUUGAGCACAGUGAACACUCAACACCGCCAAAGACACCUGAAACACCUGCAUAUGCUGCAUCCCUGCUGCCCCCAAGGUUUUCAAUUAAACCUCUGGUUCAACAUGUAUCAUCCCCAUACCCAACUAAGAAAACAUUUUCUUUCAGCAAGUCAGAGAGUUUGCCACCCCAGCUUUUUAACCCGACAAGAAGUCCCAAACAUACUCCACUGCCUGCAAGUCAUGAAAGGAACAUUUUCAUUUUUCCACAGGAAACUGAAGUCCCGGAGAUAGGACCAAAGUCUCCAGUCCACCCACUGCAUGGGGAAAUCCACUCGGUUAGCAGCACAGUUCCCAAAGUUAUAACCCCUGUGGAAGCAGCAGUUAUAACCAAAGUUAUAACCCCUGUGGAAACAGCAGUUAUAACCAAAGUUAUAACCCCUGUGGAAACAGCAGCUACACAUGAGGCCUAUCUUUUUGAUGUUCCAAGAGUCAAUUCUCAUGCUGUUAAAGCUACCAGUCAAACAUCACCUGACGUUGAAGUUCCAAGAGCUAAAACACCUUUGUUUGAAGUUCCUCAAAUAAAGACAUUUACAUAUGAAGGAUACCGAGCUAGAACACCAACAUCUGAAGCAGAUCCCGCUAAAACAACUACAAGUCAAAUUUCUACAUCUUCACUUCAAGUACCCUCACUUAAAACACCUUCUUAUGAAGUCACUACAUCCGAAACAUCUACAUAUGAAAUCACUAUAGUUGAAAGAGCUAAACAGGAAAUUCCUAUAACUAAAGCACUUUUACAUGAAGCAUCCAGACCUAAAGCAACCUCUGCAGAUACGUCACUUCAUUAUGAAGUUGUGAGAACUAAAACGCCUACAUGUGAAGUUUCUACAGUUACCACAACCUCAUAUGAAGUACCUAUAACUCAGCCACCUUUAUAUGAAUGGUCAAGACCUAAAACCCCUUUAUACAAUGCACCCAGACCUAAAUCACCUUUGUAUGGAAUAACUAUACCAGCAGCACCCUCAUAUGAAUGGUCUAGACCUAAAACACCUUUGUAUGAUAUUCAGAGAUCUAAAACACCUACAUAUGAUGUGCCUCUGCCUAAAAAACCCACAAAUGAAGUCACUGCAGUUCAAACAACCACUUAUGAAAUUACUAGUUCUAAAACUCCUUCAUAUGAAGUGCCCAGACUUGAAAUAUCUAGACCUAUUACACCUCCAUAUGGAAUUUCUAAAUCUACUGUAGCAUCAAAUGAGGUGUCUAGGCCUAAAACACCUUCAUAUGAAUGUCCGAGGCCUAAAACACCUACUUAUGGGAUAUCUGCUGCUAUAACACCUUCAUAUGAAGUUCCUAUACCCAAAACACCUUCUAACGAAGUGUCAAGACCUAAAAUAUAUUAUUAUGGAACACAUACAGCUGCAACAACUGUGCAUGAAGUAACUGCUCCUGAAACAUCUUCCAAUGAUGCUGCAAGACCCAAAACACUCUCUUAUGGAGCACCUACAGCUACACCUUCCUAUGAAAUGCCUACACCCAAAACACCUUCUAAUGAAGUGUCAAGACCUAAGACACCUUCUUAUGAAACAUCUGCAGCUUCAACAACUUCAUAUGAAGUAACCACACCUAAAACAUCUUCCAAUGAUGUGGCCAGAGCAAAAACACCUACAUACGUCUUUGCUAGAGCUACAACUCCUACAAGUGAAAUUCCUCCUUUGUCAGACUAUCAGAAAGCAAAAACACCUGCAAAUGUAGUACCAACACACCAAACUCCCUCUCUUCAGACUCAAAGAGCUAAAAACCCUGUGCCUGAAACUAAUACUGCUGCAGCCCUUGUCCCAGAAGAUUCCAAGUCAAGAACCCAUGAGCUCGAAGUCCAGCCUUUUAAUUCUUUACACAAAAAGCCUCAAGCUGGAGAUGAACCUCAGGAGGAAAAAGCAAAAGUCACAGAAACCAAGGCUGAUGUUACUAAGGAAAAAAUUCCUGAGAAAUUUGCACCAGUAAGUUCUGAAAAAGACAAUCACCAAGACAACUCGUUUCCCAAAGCAGAACCCUUGCUGAAAAUACCCCAGAAAGCAAAGUCACUGAAAUCCAAAUUCAGCGGCUGGUCCCGUCUCAAGAAGCAUCUUGUUGUGGAGCCUGAAGAGCCUAAAUUUCCAGAACCAGAACCAGAGUCACAACCUGAACCCGAGAAAGAGGCGUUACAAAAGAGAGAAAAGGAAAAGAAGGAAGAGAAGCCCUCACCAGGGGAGAAUGAAAGCAAAAGUGAACGCCAGGAUUUAGAGAAACACAAAGAUUCAAGGGCAACCAAGAUGUGGGAUGCGGUCCUCUUCAAAAUGUUUUCUGCCAAAGAAUGUAUAAAGCAACAAAUAAACAACAAUAGCAAGUCUGAACAACCAGAAACAAAAAAAAAGGAAAGGAAAGAGUUUUCUUCACUCAUCUACAGGCUGCCUCUUCUCUUGUACAAACCACGAUUUGAUGCCAGGAAGUUAAAGGAAGCUGCUUUUAGGCCACUGGCAAAAAUCACUACUGUGUUUGAGAUGAGUCUGCUGAACCGCAAAAACACAGAGGAAGAACCUAAAGACUUUAACAGAAUUGCUAAGGGUUGGGAAUUGAAAUAAUAAUGAAGUAUAAGCUAACCUAUAGAUAAAAUAGCAACUCUACAGCAUAGCCCUGUGGAUACUCAACUCUGGUAAAGUUAUAGCAGCUCUUUGCCUUUAUAAAUCAAAAUUUCUACUGUUUUUCUAUAAGUAAUAGGUAUUAGACAAGACGUUUGGAGAUUGAAAAUAGGUUCCUGCAAAGAAAAUGACCCUCGGGAUGUAGAUGAGAACACAUAAUAGUGAUUUCCUUCAAAGUGCACGAAAGUUAUACAUGUCAAAUUAUUAUAGUACACAUUUGAAGGUAGUUUUUUUUCAAUAUUAUUUAAUUUCUACAAUGUAUCAGGGAGAAUGAUGUCUUUAGGGUAAAAAACAAGCAAGACUGUAAGCUAGAUAUACUGCUCAAAGCUUUUUUAAAAAUAUCUUGGUGCAAAACUAAUAAUAGAAAUCUGAACAUUUUCAUUAAUGACUAAUGCACCAAUAUUUUAUACUUAAAAUCAUAAAGUAGUUUUAGUCUUUUCCAAAUUUCAGACAGAAGUUUGGAACUGAAACAUAACAUAUCCUUAUUAAAGCUGGAACAAAUCUGUAAAGAACAAAUUAAUCUUUUGAUUCUUUUCCAUAAAUCUUUACACAUGUAUUUGUGAAAACGAUGCUGUUUUAUUUUACAUUUUAAAGCUGUUUGCAAAAGGAAGGUUUUUAAGCACACUUGUUUUAUGGCAUAACAAACCACACCACAUCGUACAAUGGUCUGGGAAAUUAUGCAAAGACAGUUGAUCUGAAGGUCUAUAGUAAGUUAAAAACUGAAAAAACUGAAAGCAGAUAACUGCUAUUUGCAUACUCAACAAUUUUGACAUUAAAGUUUAUUUCUAUACAUAAUUGAUUUAAAUUAUAAUAAUGCUUGUGCAUUUUGACAGCAAUUUUGGAAAGGGUAUGUAAAAUUCAAAGCAAAUCAUUCUCAAGACUACUAGUUGAAAUCUUGGUAUUGCACAUUGCCAAAUACAGACUCCUACAGGUGAUAUGCAGUGACAUUUAAAACAAAUCAUUGCUAAAAACAGAAAUACACACAAACCUAUAUCUCUUAUUUGGAAAAUAAUGUACAUGUUGAAUUAGUCUAAGAAAUAUUAUCAUAGAAAUAUUUAGAAACAUCCCAAAUGAAAGAAUGUACAAUUUUGCUGCAUCUAAAAUAUGAGACACUUUAAAAUGGUAGUUAUAUUUUCAUUUUCACUGACCCAAACUGAAAUAGAUAAAUCAAACAUAUUUUAGAAAUUAUACUUUUAUACCAUGUUCACAAUUUAAACACUAAAGAUCAACUUGGUGUGAGUUUGAGAGAUAACUCUUUUCUUGUUACUCAGAAUCAAAUUGCAUGUGAUUUUCUUUUUCAGUCGUCACACCCUGGUGACUUUUUAAAACACCCCUUUAGAGCUUGCGAAUAUGUCUUCUCUCUAAGUACAGCUGGUCCACCACAGCGUAACCGCUACCCUAUCCUCCUGCAACCCUGAGCCCCCAGUGGAUGCAAGAUAUCUUUAUUCAAAGUUUUUUCAUUCAGAUGUACGUCCUUGCAUCCACUAGGGGCAGUGUUGCAUGGGGACAAGUUAAUGGUUACACUCUGGUAUAUCAGCAGUAGUUAGAGAGAAGACAUUUUUGAGAACUAUAUUAAGGCCACAUGGGUGUUAAAAAGUCGCCAGGAUAUGAUGAUUGAAACAGAAAAUUAUAUACAAAGCAAAUCUAAACAAUAAUACAUGAGCUAAGAUAACUGUGAUAUUUCAUAAUCAUACCAAGUUGCACUUUAAGCUCUGAAUUAAAUGUAAAUCUUAUUGCCCUAACACAGCUGUACUUAAUAAUGGUUAUGAAAAUGCCAUAAUAUGUAUUUAAUCCAGGUUUCUAUUAAUAUUACUGUAGAUUUCAAUUUAUGAGGGUGUUUCAAAUGGGGUCUAGAUUAAUUUUAGAUACGGCAAGUAUAUCUGCCUGUUACCAAUAUAAGUCAUUUGAUAGGGACAUACUGCAUUUAGCUUUCAGUUGGCAUCAUUUAUCAUCACAUGCAUACAGUGAAUUCCGAGAAUGGUUUGUUUCUAAAAUGGCAGCAUGGUAACGGAGUGAAGGUUUGAAAAUCUGAGGUCAGAAAGUAUGACUCUGGUGACAGGAAAGGUGAGAGCUAUGUGUAGCAAUAUGUUAGGUGUAAAAGUGCUUAGAGAAAUUCCAUGAACGUUGUAUCAGCGCUGAGGAUGACGCUUGACAAGUAUAAGGUAAAAAGUAUAUUUAAACAAGGCUGGGUCUUGUCAGAUCCUGCCACAUGCGUCUGUAUAUAGCCCUGACUUGGCCCCAAGUGACUGAUUUUUGCCCAGGGAAGAAGUUCCUGAGGAGUCAGUUUGGUACCAAUGCCCUAAUAUUUCUGUUUCAUUACAAGACAGUGGCAAGAUGGCAAAAGUGAUUUUAGAUGUAGGAGAAAAAUGUGAGGAGUUAGUGAAGCAUUCCUAAGCCUUUAAACUAUUUCAUUUGAACCACUAUUGUAAUUUUCUGGGAUAAUUAUAUGAUAUUGUAUGUACUUUUGAAUUGUAUAUGUUUAACAGGUGUUAACAUUAAGAUGGAAAACAGCAAAAAAGAUAGAAAUGAUCAAUAAAGGGCCAGGACAAGAGUUCAAUGCACAGGAAAGUGAAAAUGUCAAGACUGGCUGGGCUGCACUUGAGAGCAAAGUUAUUGAAGUAUUUUGUGUUAUAACUAUUCACUGGCUUUCAAUAGUAUUCCUUAGUAAUUUCAAGGGAUGUGCUGAAAACUAGAAUGUUACUCUUUAAGAGAAUAUUCUUUACAAAUAGUCAUAUUGGAAUUUUGGGACACCAGGUGGUGCCAAACACAUUUUAAAGCUGUGUUGCAAUUAGGUUUAUUUUUUAUAACAUCUCUUUGCUGAUAUAUAGACAUGAAUUUAUAAUAUUCGUGUCCCUUUGUUGAGUGAGCAUGAAAUUUCCAAACAGAGGAGCAACCUUUGUGCCAGGAAUAUUCCUGGUAGCUAGAGGUCAAGACACCGUUUUCUGUCCCUUUCCUAGCCGGAGGCCAAUAGGCUUAGGAUAGUUUGGUUUACAUCAUAGGGCAUCAGGGUUAUCUGAUGACACAUGUCCUCUCUCUAUAAACACACAAGGGAUUAAGUAGAUGAAUUCAGACACAAUUGCAGUUUUCCAAAACGUUGUAUGAACAAUCCCCAGACAAUCCAGAUCAAUACUUACAUUACCCAUGAAGUUGAUACAGUACUGCUCAAAGCAUGUUUUGAUAAAAGAACAGUAUUGACCUUGAUGGACAAAACACAACAGAUAAAGCUUUUUGUAUAAUAUUUAUAUCUAAUAUUAAUGUUUUGGCCUCAGCCUACAGCUACUGUAUGUGAUUAUUUGAGGGGGAAGAUUGUUCAGCCUUAUUGUAGCAUAAUCAUUUAGACUUGUAUAUAAAAAUGCAUACCCAUUGUUCUCUGCUUAAUGUAAACGCAGUCUGCUUAAGUAUCUGUAUUGUAAUUUCUAGUAUAAGCAUACAUUAUAUGCAGCCUGUAUUUUUUUGCUCAACAUUUAAAACCUGAUAUCUGCCAAUCUGUUUUUAAUACAAAAGUAUAACAGUCUAUAGAGGGAGUUAUCUCUAUGUGUUAUGUAACUGAUACACAUAUGUAUUUUAUUUUUAUUUUGGAUAAAAGCAAUUAUUCUGGUGUGACUAAAGGGUAUUUCAAGGAUGACAGAGAUCCUAAAAUCAAAAUUAAUAACCAAUACAAUAAUAUGUAUUCCUAAAUUAAUAACAAUGUAAUGUUAUGGAUUAGACAGUGAUUUAAUUAUUGCUUUAUAUAAAUAUGUUUGCUUUAUAACAGGAGGAUUAUUGCCCAUAUAUAAAUAAAGUCUUUUGACAGCUGU